AGCGGACAGCAGCACUCCUGUCACAACCAGCUGGAUGAAAGACAAGAAGCUGCUCAGUCUCGGCUGGAGAAUCUCCCUGGACGAGUCAAAUCUGGUCAUCACGAAUGUGAACCUAGGCGAUGAGGGAGAUUACACCUGUGUCAUCAAGAGUGAGCUGGACCAGAAAUCAGUCUCAGGACAGGUUAAAUAACAGAAAAGGAAAUGGUUUAAUUCACCAAGGCUGGCAAAGUUCUUCUCAUGAAACCUAAGUCAGCAUAACACAUAAUAGCACAGUUGAAUAUGCACUCGGAGACCAAAGUACCAUUGAAGUGUGUUCUCCAGCGGGUAAUGAACACUUGUCUAUGCACUGCACUGAGCAGUGAAUGCCACCAGGGGAGAGGAGCUGCGAGUGGAGGAGUUCACUCCAAACGUAACGAGCUUCUCCCUCCGACGAUUCGACCGCUACACUCGAUACCGGUUCUCUGUGGCGGCGCGAACUCACCUCGGAAUAGGGGAAUGGCACACGGAGGAGUCGCAGCACUACACCACGGAAACGUAUGCUCAGGACCAGGUGGACAUCACCACUCAGGGCUGGUUCAUCGGGACCAUGUGCGCUGUGGCUCUCAUCGUGCUCAUACUUCUCAUAGUCUGCUUCAUCAAGAGGAGCCGAGGGGGGAAAUAUCCAGUACGAGAAAAGAAGGACAUCUCACUGGAGCCGGUAGAUGACAAAGACCAAGAGGGAUCAUUCGAUUAUCGGUCUCUUGAAAGGAUUGCUCGUGUCUCCACUCUUCCCUACCCUCGGAGGGAGGAAGAGAGAGGGCUUCAGAGAGGCCAGCUGUCCAUAGAGACAAUGAUGAAGCCAUCCGAGAGCGACGACAGUCUGGUGGACUACGGAGAUGGAGGAGAGGUCCCGUUCAACGAGGACGGCUCCUUCAUCGGCCAGUACACGGGAACCAGGAGAGACGUCAGGGAGCUGGAAUUCGUCGGAGGCCUUGAGCUUCACUCUCCGAUGAACACCAUCUACUCCCUGGCAUGAAACUCAUCAUCCUCUCAUUCGUUCGGGUUGUGUCCGUUCAGCUUCGACCGCGAACUAAGAACCUGGAGGAACUGCUGGUGCUGGUGGUUUGUCGGUGGAUGUGAACGGCGGGAGACCGUAGCUGUUACACCCUCAUGUAUCAGAAGAAGAAAACAGUGGAAAGUUGAGACAAUGAUUCUAGAGAGAUGCUUAAUCAUCUGGUGAAAAGGAAGCUUGGCCUUUUCUUUUGUAAAUAAAACAAUCUCCUGUUUAUGCACAGACCGACGCCUACGAUGAAUUAUGG